AUGUCUUCUGUUAAUGUCCCACACUGCACUCCGUUCCAAGGAGAGGAAUGGGCUGCCUACGGGCAGACUGUGGAGCAGCAAAUUGCCGGGGAAGGACGACGACUCCAGCCGACGCUCCAGUACAGCCUGGAGAAGCUGGACAUGGUCCAGAAGUACAAGGUGCAGUUGAAAGUGGAACAGGUCGGCGAGCAUAAGUAAGUUCAUUUUGAAUUCAAUGAAAGAGUCUGUAACUACUAAAUUACAGAUACAAGUUCAACGAGAUGGUCAAGGAUUGGGUGGAGCACUGCCGCCUGGAGCAGUCUGACCUGCAGGCCGCGCAGAUCGUCGAGCAUCCGGACGGCUGGAAGACGGGAAUGGAGUGGCUGGGGGAGACUUGCGACUUCUCCGCACUCUUCAUCACUAACAAGCCGGGCUGCACCAAGAAGUUGCACGUGUUUGUGAACGCGCUCCGUAAGUACGUCGUGUCCGUUGUGAUCAUUUCUGAAUAUGGGACGUCGUAUACGUUCCAGUUUGAGAGUCAAACAUUCGUGGUCGUCUCUAAUUAUGUAAGUGUUUGAGUUUCCCUUCCACCAAAUCAUUCAUUCCAUUUCCAGAGCCAGCAAUUCAAGGCGAAGAAGGCAGAGUUGAAAGCGGCGAAGAGUGCGGAGAAUCCGAGCAGAGCACAGAAGAGACCGUCGGAGAGAACUGCGGAGCCGAAGAGAAAGCAAAGGAAGGUAUGUGCUGAUGAAAGUGAGCAGGUUCAGGUGCAACAAGAGCAGCAGGCUCCGUCGGAGGUGAGUUCUAAUGCUCCGUUUCAGAUGAACCCAUUCGAGCAGAAUGAUCCGGAAGGAGACAACGUUGAAUGGGUGCAGAUUGAGGAGGAUGAGGUCGUGCCGGAGGAUCAGGAAGAAGACAACGUUAUCUGGGUGCAGGUGGACGAGGAUGGAGUGGUGCCCGAGGAUCAGGAAGGAGACAACGUUGAAUGGGUGCAAAUAGAGGAAGAUCAGGUGGUGCCGGAGGAUCAGGAAGGAGAUAACGGUAUCUGGGUGCAGGUGGACGAGGAUGGAGUGGUGCCCGAGGAUCAGGUGUUCUAUGACUACCUCCCAGUGGAGCAGCAGGAGGUGGGUGAUAAUGUUCCGUUGCAGCAGUACCCAUCCGAGAACAAUGAUUCUCAUGGGCAACAAGUGCUCAUUCAAGAGCAGAUCGAAGAUGAGCAAAUUUUUAGAGACUUCUUCUACACCCCAGACCAACAGCAAUGGAACAACCAAGUGGAGAACGUGGAGAACGUGGUUCCACACCAGGUAAGCACUACUGUCCCAUUGCAGAACUAUGAAUCCACGGGUAAUGCUGCUCAUAACCAGCAAGGAGCACGUGUUCAAGGACAGCAUGUGCCCAGGUAUGAGCAAGUUCGCAAUGCCGAGCAGUAUCCGCUUCAGCAGCCGCAUCAAUCGAUCGCUCAUCCUCAAGGAGCGAAUGUGAUGCCGUCCCAGGUGAGUGCAAAUGCACCAUUUCAGAACAACUGGCACGUGGAGCAACAUUAUCAACAACAUAAUAAUGGCUACCAAGGACAGAGCGGAAGCGUCGAGAAUCAGCAGAUGCCGACUUCUCCAGGGACGAAUGGCCAUUGGAAUCCGGAACCGAGGCAUCCACAUUAA